AUGGCUCCUUUUCCCCUAUCUCUCCUAUUCAUCCUGAGUUGUAUCCUGCAUACGACAGUUUCGAAGAACGAGUCGAAUAUUCUACGAAUUGGAAAGUCACGGGACAAAUCGAUCGUUACGACAGAGAACUCGACUUUAAAUACAACCGACUACGAGGAGGAGAAGCCAGGUGGAAAGGGGAAAAAUCGUGGUCCUUUAAUUGGAUUUAGCAAGAACAACCCAGAAUUGGACUGGAAGAACUAUCUGAAGCAAUUCGACGAGAAGGAAGAGGAGCACCGCGAUCUCGACGUUGAUUUCAUGAAGGAGAAGCUCGAGAAAACGGCCAACAGUAUCCAGUGGCUGGUGGAUCUUUACGAUCCUCUCAAGUGGGCCAGGGUACCUGGUAAACUGAAGGACGAUUGCAGGAGAGACUUGGAAUUCUUCCUGAGGUCUCUACAGGAUGGAAAGGUGUGGGCGGCCAAGAUGUCAGACGCGAGCGGCCGUUACUCCUCGCAAUUCCAUUUCGGGAACGGCUUCUGGCUGGGCUCGAGUACCCUCUGCAAAGAGCUCAACACCACCACCAAUGGAAAAAUUCACCAGGAACUCGACGACAGACCGCCUUAUCCGUUGAAGUUCCACGUGGCCAGGAUGUACUUAGCUCUGCCGAAGGAACUCGAUUUUUCCACGCGACAAGUAUUUUUGGGCCUUUGUCUGCCGGCUACAUGCGACCAGGAGUCCCUGACCUCGAUGCUGAGGGCGAGCGCGGACCGGGUGGAACGAGAGGGCAAUUCGACGUAUCGAUCGACCGGACCGAAGAUCCACAUCGUUGCGGUGAAAUCUGUGCCUUCGAGCAAUUACAGCCUCUGGCUCGAUCCCAAGUUGUACGUCCUCUCAGGCAUCGGAGGCACUAUACUGUUCCUGAUGCUAUGCGCCACCAUGUACGAAUACAGAACGCCGCCGAAAACGAAGGACGUGGAAUCGUCGAGCGUGUCGAAUAACAACGAGAGGCUCAGCAAUUUCUCCAAUAAAAAUCUGAAUCAGGAGCGUCGCGUGGUCCAGGAGAACGGAGAGGAGCUGAUCGAAAAAGGGAAGGUCCUGCAAAAAGAUCCGACCGAGCAUCCGAAAAAGGAGAGCAAGAAAGGCUUCUGGCUGACGUGCCUGAUAGCGUUCAAUCCCAUCGUGAACGGAAGCAAGAUCGUUAGCACCGAGCCCGCGGCCAGGGAGAGCCUAACCUGUCUACACGGACUUCGAGUGCUCUCUCUAGGAUGGGUCGUCAUGGUUCACACCUAUCUUCAAGUUUACUCCAUAGCUGAGAACAAAACUCUACGCACGGUGACCGAGCGGAAUUUCAUGUUCCAAACGAUAAGCAACGCAACCUUCUCCGUAGAUACGUUCUUCUUCAUCAGCGGAUUACUGGUAACGAUCUUGUUUUAUCGAUCUGCCGGCAACAUGAAAAACGACAAGGACAGCUACUGGAAGACGUGCUUCACCAAAUUUAUCAUCAUGAUCCUCUACAGGUUUAUCAGAUUGACACCGGCGUAUCUCUUUGUCCUGGGUAUAAACGAGAUCGCCAUAAAGCACACGCUAACAAAGACCGUGUUCUCGCCGGUGAUCAUCGAUCAUUUGACCUGCGAGAAGUUCUGGUGGAGGAAUGCAUUGUACCUCAACUCGCUCUACCCUCGCACCGAAAUGUGUAUGCUGUGGAGCUGGUACAUGGCGAACGACACGCAGUUCUACGUUCUUGGAAUACUUCUUCUUCUCCUCUCCAUUAAAUACAUAAAGGUCGUCGUAGGCGUUGUUCUCUUCUUGAUCGUCUCCUCCUGGUUCACCACCUUCUCCGUGGCUUACUCCAACGAUUACGUCGCCAGAAUUCAAGAACCGUUCGCCCUUUUCGACGAGCUGUACGACAAACCCUGGCUGAGAGCUGGUCCCUACUUCGUCGGCAUUAUCACGGGCUACGUUUUGUUCAAAACGAAUUGCAAAUUAAAGUUGCCGCUGGUCACGCGAACGAUCGGCUGGAUCUUAUCCAGCGCUAUAAUGUUCUCGGUAGUUUACGGAUUGUACCCCGGAAAUUUAACCGUGCCCGUGAGCUCCGUAUACGCCGCCUUGGGACAUACGGCAUGGGCGAUCAGCGUAUCCUUCAUCGUGAUUCAAUGCUGCACUGGAUCCGCUAGAAUGAUCGACAGCCUGUUGUCGCUCCGGCUGAUGUAUCCGCUAUCGAGACUGACUUACUGCGCGUACCUGGUUCACCCCCUCAUCAUGAUGAUCACUGUUACUCAGAUGGACGGCCCGUUGCAUCUUCACAAUAAUCUCGUGCUGAUCCUGUACUUCGGCAACCUGGUCACCUCCUAUCUGCUAUCGUUCUGCCUCUCGAUCGCGCUCGAGGCACCCAUAGUCAAUCUGCUCAAACUCGCUUUCACUUCGAAGAAGAGGAUAAGGUAG